AUGCCUGAUGUCCAUACGAGUAGCCUCGCAGACAAGUUGCAGGCCUUGGAGUCGUGCCUUAAAAGGCAAGACAGCAAAGACAUAGGUUACGGGCAUGCACUAAGAGAAGCCAUCGUUGCAAGCGAUCACUUAAUAGAGUUAGAAGCCCUGAAAAGUCUUGGAGACUUGCAUCUUCAGAGAGGCAAACUCACUAAAGAUUCAGCAGAGUUUGACAAGGCUGCUGCCCUGUAUGCUGCUGCCUACCUGCGCUGUACAGACCCAGACAUGGGACAAACACUUAGCCACCGUAUUGACUACAUGGAGAAACUCUCCAGACAACUGCUGCAAGGGUACACGCCACGGUACCAAUGGUUAUCACUAGACUACUGGGGUACUAGGGACAGUAAUGUCUUAAGGGUUGCAGAGAUCUGCAACAAAUUGGACAAUGACAGAAUAUCCCAGCCUUCUAUAGAGCAGUCUUACACAGAAUCCUUAGUGAUGGCAGUUAAUAGCGGUGACAUGUUCUUGGAGCUUGAGCUUCUAAAAUCUCUGGGAGAUUUGUACCUUGAGAUAGGAAAGAAAACCUCUGAUGUAUCCCAGUUUUCUAAGGCAGCUAACUUGUACAACAAGGCCUUGAAAAUAUGCGAGGUGCCUGAGAUAAAACAGACUCUGCAACAUCGUGUCUUGUACAUGGAGAAGGUUAGGGAAGCUGUGAGAAGGGUGAGUAUAUAA